GGCGGUUCGGGGAUGAGGAGGCGGCGGCGCGCGGAGACGAUGCUCCGGAGCUGAGCGGACGCGGCGCACCGAGCGGGAUGGCGCAGGCGGCAGGCCCUGCCGGCGGCGGGGAGCCGCGCGGGGAGCCGGCGGAGCUCGGCGCGGCCGCGGGCCCGCAGGACUCGCUGAGCCUGGCGGAGAUCCUGCGGCUCUACAACCAGCCCAUCAACGAGGAGCAGGCGUGGGCCGUGUGCUACCAGUGCUGCGGCUCCCUGCGCGCCGCCGCCCGCCGCCGGCCCCGCCGCCGCGUGCGCUCCGCCGCGCACAUCCGCGUCUGGAGGGACGGCGCCGUCACCCUGGCGCCCGCCGGCGACGAGGGAGAGCCGACCCCCGCCGCGGGUAAAUUGGGAUAUUCACAUUGUACAGAAACAGAGGUUAUUGAAUCUUUGGGAAUUAUUAUCUAUAAAGCACUGGAUUAUGGUUUAAAGGAAAAUGAAGAAAGGGAGCUUAGCCCUCCCCUGGAGCAGCUCAUUGACAACAUGGCCAACACAGUGGAAGCUGAUGGCAGCAAUGAUGAGGGAUAUGGGGCUGCAGAUGAAGGCCUGGAAGAUGAAGAUGAAAAAAGAAAGAUCUCAGCUAUCCGCUCUUACAAGGAUGUCAUGAAGAUUUGUGCUGCUCAUCUCCCAACCGAGUCAGAGGCUCCGAAUCAUUAUCAGGCUGUGUGCCGUGCAUUAUUUGCAGAGACCAUGGAGCUGCAUACAUUUCUGACCAAAAUUAAGAGUGCAAAGGAGAAUCUUAAAAAGAUUCAAGAAAUGGAGAAGAGUGAUGAAUGUGGCACAGACUUGGAGGAACUACAGCAUGCCGAUUGGGCCCGAUUCUGGGUGCAGGUGAUGAGAGAUUUGCGAAAUGGAGUAAAGCUGAAGAAGGUCCAACAGCGGCAGUACAACCCACUGCCCAUUGAAUACCAGCUCACACCCUAUGAAAUGCUAAUGGAUGACAUUCGGUGCAAAAGAUACACCUUGCGGAAAGUGAUGGUGAAUGGUGACAUUCCCCCUCGGUUAAAAAAGAGUGCUCAUGAAAUCAUCCUUGACUUUAUCAGAUCAAGACCUCCUUUAAAUCCAGCCUCAGCCAGAAAACUGAAGCCAACCCCACCACGGCCACGAAGCCUCCAUGAAAGAAUAUUAGAAGAAAUUAAAGCAGAAAGAAAGUUGCGGCCUGUCUCACCAGAGGAAAUUAGACGGAGUAGAUUAGAUGUCAAUGCCUCAGAAUCUCCAAAGAAUGUGGGAGAAUCAUCUAUAGUGAAUGGAGCCUUAUCAUCACAGACAAAAGAAAAUGGGCUCAGUGCCACCCAGCAGGCACCUGUGCAGCGAAAGAAGCUCCUCAAAGCCCCCACCCUGGCGGAGCUUGACAGCUCGGACUCUGAGGAAGAAACUCUGCAUAAGUCAACCAGCAGCAGCAGUGUGUCUCCCUCUAUUCUUGAGGACCCAGUACUAGAGGCCGUGUGCACCAGGAAGAAGCCUCCAAAAUUCUUGCCUAUAUCAUCAACACCCCAGCCAGAGAGACGGCAGCCACCACAGAGACGACAUUCUAUUGAAAAGGAGACCCCCACAAAUGUGCGCCAGUUCCUGCCCCCGUCCCGGCAGAGUUCCCGCUCUCUGGUUCCUAGGAUAACCAGUGUAUGGCCAAGGACGCCUUUUCGACCACUUUUCUCUACCAUACAAACAGCUUCUCUGCUCAGCUCUCAUCCUUUUGAAGCAGCCAUGUUUGGGGUAGCAGGGGCUAUGUAUUAUCUCUGUGAGAGAGCUUUCACCAGCAGGUGGAAAUCCUCAAAGGAGGAAUUCUGCUACCCAGUGGAAUGCCUCGCCCUUACCGUGGAAGAAGUGAUGCAUAUCCGUCAGGUCCUGGUGAAGGCAGAGCUGGAAAAAUACCAACAGUAUAAAGAUGUCUACACCGCCCUGAAAAAAGGAAAGCUCUGCUUUUGUUGCCGGACACGGAGGUUUUCCUUCUUCACCUGGUCUUACACCUGUCAGUUCUGUAAGAGGCCUGUAUGCUCACAGUGUUGCAAAAAGAUGCGGCUGCCCUCCAAGCCAUACUCCACGCUCCCUAUCUUUUCCUUGGGACCUUCUGCCUUGCAAAGAGGGGAAAGUUGUAUGAGGUCAGAAAAGCCCUCCACUAGCCACCAUCGGCCACUUCGGGGCAUUGCCAGGUUUUCUUCAAAAGCUAAGUCGGUGGACAAAUCAGACGAAGAACUCCAAUUUCCCAAAGAGUUCAUGGAGGACUGGAGCACAAUGGAGGUGUGCGUAGACUGCAAAAAGUUCAUUUCAGAAAUCAUCAGUUCAAGUCGGCGUAGCCUGGUGUUGGCCAACAAAAGAGCCCGAUUAAAAAGGAAAACACAGUCUUUCUAUAUGUCCUCAGCAGCCCCCUCUGAGUACUGUCCUUCAGAAAGGACUAUCAAUGAGAUCUGAGCCCGUGCCUUCCAGUUGCUUUUGUGUCCCAAGGCAAGGCGGUGUCAGAGUGGAAAACACUGCCAAGCUGUCUCUCCUCCCCCUGGUUUUAUUUCAUAGGCUUGAAUUUGUAUUAGAUCAGACUUUGCUGCUUCACCUUCUCCCACAGACUGAAUGCUGUGUUCAUAUCGGUUGAGGAGACGUGACAGGUCAACCAGUUGGUCACUUGGCACUCACAGAGGACAAAACAACAGCUUGAAACUUGCUCUUAGGUGUGUGGAUGUGAAAACCAGAAACGUUUUCCUUAGUUUGGUUCUUACUGUCCCUGAAAUAAUUUCCUGCCUAAGGCAAAGGGUUUCUGGCAUGGGAAGUGGGUCUGACAGAGGUGUUGAUGUUAGCACAGUUCUAAGCAGUAAGUCAUAUUGGCAUAUCCACAUGACAGUGUUCCUAUCUCAUGUACAUAGUGUCCAGUGCCCUGCCCCCAGCCAGGUCCCUGGGGAGGGCUAGGCUGUUACUGCCUCACUGCACAAACCUAGGACUUGCUGGUACUUUCAACUGAUUUUUAAAUUAUUGUUGUUCUGAGGUACAAACGCCAUAAGGGGCUCUCUGCCUGCAUCCCUAUGCACAAGGUAGCUGCUUCCUCUGAGCUGCUGGCCCCAUCCCAGCACCGUGGCACCUCUGACAGGCUUUCGUUCCCUUCCGUGAAUGUAUUAAAAGUGACUAAUAGUUUCAUAGUAGAAAUCAAAAGAGUUAAUUUUGUGGGAGUUUCAGGACAAAGCUGUAAUUUUGUCAACUAUGACAAGGAUUGUUACAGGAGCGGUUCCAGUGGAAAAUGAGCCACAACUCGUCCAUUUUCAGCUACAUUUUUCAUAAUUUUGUAGUGUAGUCAUCACAACUAAAUUUACCCACAAUUUGGUACCUAAAUAUCAAACUAAAAUUUAUUUUUAUAAAUGAAUUUUAAAAGAAACACAUAUUUAACUCUUCAAAAAUUUAAAAAAAAAAAAGUUGAACUCCUGACUGGCAAAAAGUUUGGAUGCUUUUUGCAAAAUUGAGUUAAGUGUAGGUUGGGUUUCUGUGAAGGUAGAUUGGCAGGUGGCAUUUGGCACCUGAAACCACUCAGCUCUUUUGCCCUGUUCCAUGGACUAUCCUUUGUGACUGAUAUACUUAGCAAUGUGCAACCUUUCAAAUCACCAUGGAUGCUUGAAAACCAGUUAAAUGCACAUGCACAAAUGUUUCCUGAAAGCUAUAGAACAGAUUUGUCAUCAACACUAUGGCAGCUCCAUUUAAUAAAAAGGCAUGACCAUCACAUUUCAUACCACAU